CGCCGAGGGCGGCAGGGCUGGGACUGCGCCGCGCUUCGAACCCCCGGACCGGCUUUGAGAGUUGUGGAUUCUGAAGUCGUGGCCCCGUCUGUGGACCUCUAGGAGUCUGUGAACCUCAGGUUUAGAACCCUUCCCUGGAUACUGCACUUUACACUUUUAUGUUGCGUCCGUUGACCUUCACAGUAAUUGAGUGAGUGCGCCUCUUUGCUGUUUUCUGGAGAUCCAGCCCAGGGGAUUUUGUAAGUCCUCCCUGUCUGCUUUGGAGAAUUCAUCUCUCUCUGAUGUAGAUGGGUGGGAUCUUGGAGCAGCAUAAUAGCUGAAUCUUGAGGUUGGUUGUGGCCCGCACUAGAGAGAAGUCCAGGGUUGGUAUUCUUGGGCCAUAUUUCUCUACUUUGGAAUUCACUCAGUUCAUUCAAGAAACAUUGACCCUCUGCUUGUGGUGCCAUAUGCCAGUGAAGGUCUGAUGGACAGACCCUUUCUGUUGACCUUGUGGCACAUGUUGGAAGACAAGGUAAAAGGAGCAAGCAGCGCUCUGCUUUGGUGAAUAGGAGCCCUCCGUGCAGUUCUCAGAACAUGGGCCCUCGUUUAAAGCUGCAGCUGUGAUCCUCGGCUGUCUUGUCGGCAUUGGAGAGACCUGAUGUUUUACGUUAUUGGUGGAGUCACAGUGUCUGUGGUUGCAUUCUUCUUCACAAUUAAGUUCCUCUUUGAGCUUGCCGCACGUGUAGUCAGCUUCCUCCAGAAUGAGGACCGUGAGCGCCGAGGGGACCGGACUAUUUAUGACUACGUGCGGGGAAAUUACCUGGAUCCCCGGUCUUGCAAAAUCUUCUGGGAUUGGAAGGACCCCUAUGAGGUGGGCCACAGCAUGGCCUUCCGAGUGCAUUUAUUCUAUAAGAAUGGACAGCCUUUCCCCGCACACCGGCCCGUGGGACUCAGAGUUCACAUCUCUCAUGUUGAGCUGGCCGUGGAAAUCCCAGUGACGCAGGAAGUCCUUCAGGAGCCCACAACUAAUGUAGUAAAGGUGGCCUUCACUGUGCGCAGGGCUGGGCGAUAUGAAAUUACGGUGAAGCUUGGUGGACUAAAUGUUGCCUAUAGUCCCUACUACAAAAUUUUUCAACCUGGAAUGGUAGUUCCUUCCAAGACCAAAAUUGUGUGCCAUUUUUCUACUCUUGUGUUGACCUGUGGGGAGCCACAUACCCUUCAAAUAGUGCCCCGAGAUGAGUAUGACAACCCCACCAACAACUCCAUGUCCUUGAGGGAUGAGCACAAUUACAGUGUGUCCAUUCAUGAGCUGGGUCCUCAAGAAGAAGAAAGCACGGGCGGGGUCUCAUUUGAGAAAUCCACGUCAUCCAACAAGCAGACCUGUCAAGUGUUCUUACGGCUCACUCUGCAUUCUCGUGGCUGCUUCCAUGCCUGCAUCUCAUACCAGAAUCAACCAAUCAAUAACGGUGAAUUUGACAUCAUUCAAUUCUCAGUGAAGGAAUUCUACCUGAAAAUCAUCCCCUGGCGACUGUACACCUUCCGUGUCUGUCCAGGAACAAAAUUUUCAUACCUUGGCCCUGACCCUGUUCAUAAACUCCUUACGCUGGUGGUAGACGAUGGCAUCCAGCCGCCUGUGGAGCUCAGCUGUAAGGAGAGGAACAUUCUGGCAGCCACUUUUAUCCGCUCCCUCCACAAGAACAUAGGAGGCUCAGAGACCUUUCAGGACAAGGUGAACUUUUUCCAGAGAGAACUUCGGCAGGCCCACAUGAAGAGGCCACAUUCCAAAGUCACCCUGAAGGUCAGCAGACACACCUUGUUGGAAUCGUCUUUGAAAGCCACUCGGAAUUUCUCCAUCUCCGAUUGGAGCAAGAACUUUGAAGUGGUUUUCCAAGAUGAAGAAGCUCUGGACUGGGGCGGACCUCGCCGGGAAUGGUUCGAGCUCAUCUGCAAGGCUCUGUUUGAUACCACCAAUCAGCUUUUUACACGGUUUAGUGAUAACAACCAAGCAUUGGUACAUCCCAACCCCAGUCGCCCUGCUCAUCUGCGCCUGAAGAUGUAUGAGUUUGCAGGGCGGCUGGUGGGCAAGUGCCUCUAUGAGUCCUCUUUGGGAGGAGCCUACAAACAGUUGGUCCGAGCUCGCUUCACCCGCUCUUUCCUGGCCCAAAUCAUAGGACUGCGCAUGCACUACAAGUACUUUGAAACAGAUGACCCAGAAUUCUACAAAUCUAAAGUUUGUUUCAUCCUUAACAAUGACAUGAGUGAGAUGGAGCUGGUCUUUGCAGAGGAGAAAUAUAACAGAGCAGGUCAACUGGAUAAGGUUGUAGAACUCAUGACAGGUGGAGCUCAAAUUCCAGUCACCAAUGGAAAUAAAAUAUUCUAUUUAAAUCUACUGGCCCAAUAUCGGUUGGCUAGUCAAGUAAAAGAGGAGGUGGAACAUUUUCUAAAAGGCCUGAAUGAGUUGGUCCCCGAAAACCUUUUGGCUAUUUUUGAUGAGAAUGAGCUUGAGCUGCUGAUGUGCGGGACGGGAGACAUCAGCGUGUCUGACUUCAAAGCCCAUGCAGUGGUGGUUGGUGGCUCCUGGCAUUUCAGAGAGAAGGUCAUGAGGUGGUUUUGGACCGUGGUUUCCAGUUUAACCCAGGAAGAGUUGGCUCGGCUGCUUCAGUUCACUACAGGCUCCUCUCAGCUGCCACCUGGAGGUUUUGCUGCCCUGUGCCCCUCAUUCCAGAUCAUCGCCGCUCCGACCCAUAGCACGUUACCUACUGCACACACAUGUUUUAACCAGCUGUGCCUCCCAACGUAUGACUCGUAUGAAGAGGUGCACAGGAUGCUGCAGCUGGCCAUCAGUGAGGGCUGCGAGGGCUUUGGCAUGCUCUGACUUCGUGCCUGCCAUCCACUCAGCCCCUGAGCUCGCUGCCCAUGACAGACACUGUGACUUCUCACCCCAGCACUGACAGAGCCAUCAGUUGGAAGAGGCAGCAUGUUCCGUGUCCGUCCGGAGUAUUUGUCAUCUGCAAGCCUCGUCCUUUUCUCACUCCCUUCCCCUCCAUAGCCACUACAAGCCACGUUAGCAUGGUACGUCAUCUGAGCUCUCUGCUCACUGCCGAAAAGAGGGCCAAGCUGCUGUUGUCUUGGUGGGUUCUCUGAUGAGCUCAGCUGCUGGGGCUGCCUCCGUCUCCAAGGGGGUUGGGAAAGAGCCCAGCUCUGCUGGAACUCAGUUGUGCAGAAAGCCUCCAGGCCAUGCUUGUCCCAGCUCCCUCUGCCUGUGCGUCUUGUAGGCACCCUGAUUGGUACAUGCACCCCUCUCUCUGGGACAGGGUUCACCUCUUCUCAUCAGGAGCCAGAGACGCACAAAGAGGAAAGGGCUCACACGAGCCUUUAGUUUUGUCCCUUUGCACAGUGGCAGGCCCCGGCCGUGGCACUGGGUGGCCUCUAAGUGAUGGUCCUCAUUGAAACUCCACAAAAGGUUCUUUUUUUUUUUUAAUAGUUGUGGUAUCAGAAUGGAAAGGGAGCCUUUCCUGCAGGCGUUCCUAGAAUCAAUCAGUGAUCCGUCAAGAACUCUGUUCUUUCCUUGAAUUUGAGCCAGGUGAGAGAAGCAGAUGGAAGCCCUGUGAAUGUGAAUGAUGGCUGGGCUGGAGCCCCACUGCUGAGCAUAUGCCUCUUCUUGGGUUUGGGGCACACCUGGGCUGGCAGCACAGCUGGCUUGAAGACUGCUGACGCUCUGCUCCCAGUUUGCCUCUCACACAGGGCUGGCUGGGCCUGGUUAUUUACCUCCAAGUGUGCAGCCUGCCAAGAGCUGGGGAUUCUGCUCGUACCUGACUCCAGAGGGUCCCACUCAGCCUCUUCUGGAUUUCUGCUGCAGAAAAGUGGGUAGCAAGGGCUUGAGACGAUAAGAGUGGGUGUCCCAGUGCUCCUACAUCGCUCUUCGUAGGUGUUCCCUGAGGCAAAGCGAAAGGUGCCAGGAGUUGAAGUGCUUGUGCCCAUCUCCAUCCCCUGGCAUCAGCUCCCUGGGAACUGUGUUACCGGAAAUGCCAGCUCUUGCCCUGACGUCACCCUCUCAGGUACCUAGAAGGGAAGCUUAAGAAAGGAGGAAGCUUGAUGUGGUUCAUGGUCAAGCGAUAACGGGAGAGAGCCUGCAGCCUGUCACUGGGAAGAUGACAGCAUGCUAUUCAUUAUAAUUCGGAUGGAAAUAGUUUCAAGCCCCAAAGUCUCAUUGCCUCCUCAAGUCUCUGUUUUGUAUAGAUGGCUUUGCUGUAAGUUUCAAUUCCUGAUGGAGCACUUAACUCUGAGAAUAUUACAAGGCAUCUUUGUUGCCCAAACCAGCAAGUGUACGGAGUCCUGAGAGAGGCGGGACUCAGGACAAUGCCUUGGCCUCCUGGAAGUAUGCCUGAGCCCUCCUCCCCUUGCUCCCUGCCCUUGGAGCUAGCCCUUAGGAGCGCUUACAGCUCCUGCCUGACCUCAUGCUGUGGGCAGCUGUCUGUCUCUUCCUGGCGUGGGUGCUGACUUCCCUUAUCACCCGGGUCCAGGAUCCAGCACCAGGGCCUCCUCACUCCAGGAUCCUUCAUGCCACACGGUCACUGCUCCUCUCAGGGACCAGGACAAGGUGCUGCUGCUUGCCCCAGUUUUUCCCCAUGGUAUAUGGACUGGCCAGUUUAGUCGUCAUUCACAUCCGAUGCUGCCCCUCAGCCCCACACUGGGGUUUCCGGCUAGGGGCCCCUGGGUCAGCUCUGCCAUCUUUGGCAGUUGCCCCACUUCCAGAUUUUGCAUUCACCACGCUGACGGCCUUCUCGAGAUUGAAGCCGGAGAUCAAAUUGACUUUCUUAGUCCGAGCUGCCAUGUUUGGCUCUAGCCUGAGCUCUUUUUCAGAGCAUCCUGGUCACUGUUGCAUCCCGGCCAGGACAGCGGCAUCCCUGUGCAGACCCUUAAAUCCCAGAGGCUUUGUUUAACAAAACCCUUUGAUAGGUUGUGAUUUUCUAUUUUUCCAGUUAACUCUCUCCCACCCAACUCUGCUCAGAAGGGUCUUGGCUCUUUUUGGCUUCUCCUUUGAUCUUUUUUUCUAUCUUCCUUUGGAGCUAGCAAAUGAGGGUGGGUGGUGGGGGGAGUGGGGAGUUGUGCCAUAGAGGAGGGAGGGCGGCUUAUUUCUUGAGCAGUUUUCUAGUCACAUUUCUUAUUUUGGUCAGUUCUCUUAUUUAGUCCCUUGGGGCCAAGAAACUUAGGGGCCAGCUAACCUCCCGGCCUUUCAGCUGCUCCAGAGUAGACCAGGCUUCCCACGGACCUCAAGGAGGAUGCCUACACACUCCAGACUUCAGCAGAGAGCAACCCUGGCUGCAAACUUGCCAGGCCAGACAGUUGCAGCUGGUGAUAUAAAUAUUUUGUAUAGUAAAUGAAAUAAAUCAAUGUUUAAACGAAA